GAUCUGCCGCAGCUGCAGUUCCCCAUCCUGCCCAAGCGCUUGAUCCCAUCCACAGUCGGCAACUGGAAUUUCUGCCCAAGCGGAGGCCGACGCCCGCCUCCGAAGUUGAACGCGAUCCCCAGCCUGCCCGUGAUCUGGCAUAGAGCGCCCAAGGCGACCCACAAGUUCUCCGAGG